AUGGAGCAGGUUGUCCAGCAGUUGCAAGGGCAAGUCGCACAGCUGACGCAGCAGUUGCUGGCGAUCCAGCAGCAACAACAAGUUGGAGUGGAAAUGGCGGACGCGGUGGCCGCCAUCAGGGAGCUCGCCCAGGCCCAGGCGCAUCGGGAGCGGCCGACGCUUGUGGACACGAGGGGCCUGGGCAGGCCUAAAGUCUUCAACAACAAGGAAGACGAGUUUCAAAGUUGGGCGCAGAAGGCGGAAUCAUUUUUCAGCGGCGUGCGCCCAGAGGCGGAGCGCCUUCUUGAGUGGAGUGCGGAUCAAGGUGGUGAGAUCGACAUGGACAUGAUCAGGGCUGAGUUCGGAGAGGACCAGAUCGACCCGGACAGGAGGGUCCCGCAGCUGGAGGCGAUCGGCCACCAGCUGUACACGGCGCUGAUGCAGUUGACUGAGGGCGAGUCGCUGAGCAUCGUGAAGAAUUCAAAGAAGAGUCCCUACGAGGCUUGGCGCCGACUUCAGAAGCGGUUCGACCCCGCGACGGGAGGCCGCAAGAGGAAUCUCCUCCGAACGAUCUUGAACCCAGGAAGGAGCAAGAUCGACGAUCUGCAGGCGUCGAUCGAGCGCUGGGAGAACUUCGUCUCCCGGUACGAGAAGAAGGUUGGCCAUGUCAUGGAUGACGAGCUGAAGCUCGCCGGGUUCGAGGCAUUGGUGCCGGAAGAGUUGGAGACACACUUGAUUAUGAAUGCCAACAGAUUGCAGACUUACGAUCAAGCAAGGCUUGAGGUGGUCACAUACGUGGCGGCGAAGACUGGACUUCGCAUCAGGGACAAGAAGCCGAGCGACAACCAGGCCAGCGACCCCGAUGCAAUGGACACCUCGGCGCUAAGCAUCAACUCGCUGAAGGGUAAGAAAGGACCAAAGGGAGGCUGCUGCAACUGCGGCGGCAACCACUUCGCGAGGGACUGCAAGAAGAGCAAGUCCAGCCAGGGUAAGGACUCCAAAGGUGUCUGGUCGAUGGGUGCUUUGACCUUGGGCAGCUUCGAGGAGUGGAAGCCCGAGAAGCCGGAGGACAUCUGUGCGAUCGAGGGCAGCGGGUACGAGUGGGUCAAGAUGAACCUGGACUCGGGUGCUGGGGUGACCACCUUCCCGCUGGGCUUCGAGCCAGAGAGCUCUGGCAAUGGCAGCCUGUGCAAGACGGCGAGCGGCGAGUGCAUUCCAGAUGGCGGGCCCUGGGAAUUCCUUGGCUACGACGAGAAUGGCCGUUGGCGAUCGUUGAGGGGCCGGCUCAGCGGGGUCCACAAGGUGCUGUGCUCCGCGGGCAAGAUGGCGACGAAUGGCCGGCAGAACUUCUACAUGACGGCGGAUGGCGGUUGGAUCAUCCCGAAGGACUCGAAGAUUGGCCAGGAGAUCGAGGAGGCCAUCACGAAGUGCGUCGACUGGGGGUUCGAUUUGGACCCGGAGGCUGGCGAGGUUCAAGUGCCGAUCGUGGCCUUCGACUGCGGCUUCAUGACGCAGGAAGGUGCAGACACAUAUCCGAUCUUGGUGGUGCGAGAGACCAGGUUCGGGCAUACGGCGGCGACGUGUGUGGAGGCAAAGGGCGUGAACGCCUACGCGGUGGCCUUCAUGGUGGGCUUCGUCCGCGACCUGGGCUACCGGAGGCUGAUCCUCAAGUGCGACAACGAGGCGUCCACCAAGGCGCUUCAGAAGAAAGUCGAGGAGAGCGUCGUCGGUGUUGAGAUCGUGCCUCAGGGGCCGCCUGAGGGGGAUCACCGAGCCAAUGGUAUGGCGGAGAUGGCGGUGAGAGAAGUCAAGUGGAUGUGUCGCGCGCUGCGUGUUGCCAUGGAGCUGAAGAGAGGGGUGAGAGUUGAGGACGACCACCCCAUCCUGAGCUGGCUGCCUAGGUACGCUGCGCAGGCCGUCAGCAAGAUGCGGAUCGGGCCUGACGGCAAGACCUCGGAGCUGAGGAGGACGGGCCGCCGGUGGCGUAAGCCGUUGGCGCAGUUUGGCGAGAAGGUUUGGUUCCGCCGCAUCGGAGAGGACGGAGGCAUCAGCUACGCCAGCAGGAUGACUCAGGGCAGGUUCGUGGGUCACCACGACUGGACCGGGGCAACGUUGUGCAUGACGGACAAAGGAGUGGUUCGUGGCAAAUCGUGGACGAGGCAGACUUUCGAGGAUGCGUGGGACAGAACUGGCUGGGAUGACCUGUGUGGGACGCCCUGGGAGAUGAUGGCCAAGGAGAAGAAGCUGGAGAAGAAGGUGACCGCGGACAAGGAGGGCAAAGGAGAGCCCCUUCCGAUCCCACCGGUGGGGGAAAGGGCGCCAGAGGUUGCGCCGAGAAGAUUCUAUGUCAUGACCGCGGACAUUGAGUCUCAUGGAGCAACGCCCAAUUGUCCAGGAUGCGAGUCGAUCGCCAUCCAUGGCAAGGUCCAGCAGGAGAGGCUGCAGCGGGACCCGCGGCGCAGCCUGCGCCGGCGGGUGAAGGAGACACACAUAUGCGCGCUGAAGGAGAUGGCGACGGACGCGUCGCCGGAGAACGGCAAGAGGCAAGAGAGGUGCCGCGAGAGACGCUUCGAGCACCGCAGAUCGGCCAUGGAUCUGGUGGUACCGAUGAGAGGCCAGGACUCGAGGUACAUGCAGGAGCUUGCGAUCUGGCACAGGCUCGACGAGAUGGGCAACCUGGACCUCCAGGAGCUGGAUGAGCUGAAGGGCGAGCUCGUGGCGCUGAACGCGCUGGACUUCAUGGAGGGUGGCAAGGAAGAUGUUGAGGUGGAUCUAGGAGCAGUGGACGCGAUGGAGAUUUUCUCGCCGCCAAGGUUCACGGAGGCGGCGAAGAGACAUGGACUCAGACCUGGAGUAGCAGUGAAUCUCUCUACGCGCAGGCCGACCGAUGGAGUCGGCUGGGACUUACUGCGCAAGGAGGACCAGGCGGAGCUGGACGAUACCAUUGAGAGGGACCAGCCCUGGCUGCUCACGGGAAGCCCGAGGUGUGACCCGUUCAGCCAGUUGCAGCACCUGCACAGGACCACGACCGACGAGAAGGAGCAGGACAUGGAGGAGCUCAUGUCUCGCGAGGGCGUCUACUACGCGCAGGGGCCGAUGUGUCGGCACGGGCUGCAGUUGCCGGAAAAGUAUCGGGACGAGAGUGAUGGCGUCCCCGAGUACGUGCGGAAGGAGAGCGGCUUCGUCACCAACAGUGAGGAGAUCUGGUACGAGCUGAAUGGCAAGUGCUCCAAUCUGGUUGGGGGCGAUCUUCAUCGGCACACCAAGCUCAAGGGCGGAGUGGCGCACUUUGCGGCGAAGUACCCUCCGAGGUUCGUCAGUGCUGUGUUGAGGGCACUUCGGAGGCAGCUGAAGAAGGAUGGAGAGCUCAACACAGUGGAGGAGAUCGCGGGGCCGGUUCCCGAGAUGCCGACGGAGUACAUGGAGAUGCUCGAGAGUGGUGGAGGCUUCUGGGAUGAUGUCAAUGGCGGGUUUCUUUCGACCGAUAAGGUUCUGGCGGCGCGCCAGGAGGAGAUCAGCUGGAUCCACGGCGAAGGGGUCUACGACAUUGUUCCGGAGCAGGAGGCUCGAGACGCAGGAGUACGACCACUUGACGUCCUGUGGGUGGACACGGACAAGUCCAUGGACCCGAAUUAG